AUGACUUUCUGCAAAAGUUCGAAUGCGGGUAGCGGGGAAACCACACAAACAUCAACAAUUACACCCCAAAGAGACACAUCGACAUCGGAACUCUUAUCACAUAUACAUCAAAACUUGCCACCGACACCUACACCAACUGAAGUCACAUCAUCAACAACUAUUGCUGCAGCCACAGCUGCAGCCGCUGCAGCAUCAGCAGCAGAAGCUUGUUCUUACUAUGAUUAUCGCUACCCACGUCGGUUCAAUGAAGUUUCCUCAACAUCUGCUGCAAGCUCAACAAGUGGGACCGCAUUUAAUGGUCGUUCUUACGAUGGAUAUCGCUACAAUGCUUGCUCCUUAUCAGCCACGAACUCCAAGACUACGUACUGUUUCAACACCAGAUUUUCCAAUGCCUAUCAACGCAUAUCAGGGUAUCUAUCAACGCGAUCGUUUUCACGAAGAUGUUCCUCCUUAUGCAUAUCCAGACCCAGUUGCUCCGGACAUGUAUCCACGAGUUCAGUUUGGGGAUACUCUGAACCUCAAUGCCUUCGAGGUCCAGCUUCAUCGACAACAACAGCACCGCAUCCAAAUGCUGCUGUUCCAGCACAUGAAAAUAAUAAUAUACCACCAGAACCAACAGCAGCACCUUCAGCUCCUCAGCCACCACCUGAAUCAACUUUUGAAAUAAGUUCUGAACAACAACAGCAACAACCACCACCACCACCGCGACGUGCAAACAUUUGCUCACCGCCAGCUGCACAUUCAACAGAGAGUUCCAAUUAUCCGCCAUAUUUUGUGCGUGAUGUGAGUCAAAUGCGAGUACAACGCCGUUAUAUAACAUUUAGUGCAGGAACAACACAUCAUCGACCUCAUCAAGUAGGAGCUCCACCACCCUAUCUGGUUCAUCAUAAUCAUUGGUGUCGCCAACAAACCAUGCAGGAAAUACAUCGCCGAAACCUGACUCCAACUCCGAUAGAUUUAUCAUCGAAUCGGAGUUUGCCUAGUUAUCGAUCUCGACAGAUUCAAAAUAUACGUCCUUGUGUUCACAGUAGAACAGGGCCGGUUCCGGCAUAUCAAAUGGUCAGUUUGUCAAUUUCAUUUCAACCCCCACCGACAACUCAACCCAGACAAAGGCAUGUACCUGCUGUACAUCAUCAUAUGAUUCAUCAUUAUACUUUGCGACUACUGUCGCAGGAUGGAAUGCUAAACUGUUGAUUGGACCGAAAUGGCCCUUCAAACGUGCAAAUUCUUCUUCAUAGAUCAAAUGGAAGAAACGUGAAUCAAAUUUGCCAGCUUUAGUUGAAGUUGUUGUCACCUCCAUUGGUGGUCACCACCAAGAACAACAUGAUCCAUAAUUGGACUGAUUGAAGCCGAAUUGACGGGUCUUUCAGUUUUGUAUGUCUUCAAGCACAUUAGCGAUUCCGAGUCGAAUAAUUUGGCUGAUGUAUCUUUAGAGGCGGUAACAAACAUUGUGCCAUCUUUGUUCAUUUGCAUGUCAUUAAUACCGGCAGUGUGAUCGUUGACAGAGUUGAUUUCCUUGCCUUUUCUGAUGUCCCACAAAGAAAUUUGACCAUUUUCAUGACCUAAAAUAAAAAGAAAUGUAUAAUAUUAAAUGAAGUUGUUGCAUCAAUUUUAACGGAAAUAUGGAAUAAAUAUGUCGAAAAAAAAUAGUUAGGUAAAUAAGAAAUCGUAUUUUCCGUAAUCGGAACUAGAAAGAUACUUGUUUUCUAUUUUUUGUUAUCCAAAAACUAAUAAGGUUGUUCCUUCCUAUAAGAAUAUAAUCAGACAUUACAUUACGAUGAUAUAAAAUGAGACCUCCCUAUAUAGUAAUACGAGGCUUUUGUUAAACAACAAAGAUUUUUUUUGUCUCGUCCAGAACUAAUUAAUCCAAAAUAAUGAUAAUCUAAGUACAGCCUUGCAAUAAUUUAUUCGGAAUAGCGAGGAUUCAUUUUAAA